AUGUUCCUGAGAACCACUGCCGGGAAGGUGGCGGUCGUGGAAGAAAGUGGAAUUGCAAAUAAAAAGUCGCAGAAAUCACGGCAACAGGCCUUAUUACUUGCGGCCACCGUGUCCAACUCCAUUUCCGGUGGCAACCGAUGCCCCUACGUCGAGAGUCAGAGCGGCAACACAGAAACGCGAGGAAACACGCACACAGCAGGAUACACGAUCUUGUUCGCGUCUGGUCUGGUCUGGUCUGGUCUGGUUUGGUCGGUACGCAAACGCGGGAUUUUCCAGAGAAACAUAGAAUCCUCAGAGACGAAUUCGCGGUCCGGUCCCUUAAGUGACAGUAACGUGGUCAGGAUAGCGACCAUUGGGAAGCCUCAGAAGCAAUGUAUCAUCGUUAAAGAACUGUAAAAGAGGCGUCCCUGUUUCUCCAUUUACUCUUUACCUUUCUAUCAUCACCAGUCGGAUAAACAUUUAUUCCUCGAAGUAGAAUUCGAAGCAAGCAGAUUCAAUCUUAAUAAGAAUAAAUUUUAUCGAAACUUUACGCGAGAUUUAACAUUGG